UUCGCAUCGUAGUUCCGCCGGACCACCGAAACCUGCGUCACCCUUUCCCAUCGUUACCCCUCGUCUCCCGUCUCAGGCUCAGCUCUCAGGUGGCGACCGCACCCCCGCCAAUCGCCCGUCGUCGGAUCUUCAUCCAACGGCCGUGCCCUUCUGGUAUGCCCUUCUCUCUUCCCCUCCUGUCCCAGUCCCCAUGUACGGCGGCUACGAGGCCGCUACCUUCGCUGUGAGGGCAAAAUCCUCCAUUUGCCACUCUCGCCGCCUUGCCCUCCUCGACGAUGGGGGAGGGGAUGAAUUCGCCCUCCAUGGGCUCUCCAUAAACCCCAGAUUCAUGCUCUAUGGCUACUACUCGAGGCAGUCCAGUUUGAUCUACUGGUCGCAUCUGAGAACCUUUCUCGCCGGUCAUGGUCGGCGCCACUACCUCCGGCUGAGCCUCCGCGAUGUUCAGCCGUGCGCUCCCAGGGUGCCAGCGAGGAGAGGAGGGUGCAGGGCUUGUUGUUGCUGUCGGAGCCCCCAACCGAGGUUUCAAAUGGCCGGUGAGUGCUGCAGAGAAAGCUUCGAUGACGGGAUGUGGGAAGAUGACGUGGACUACGUUGAGUUUGACGAUAUGAGGAGGCAUUCGAGGAGGGAGGUUAAAAUUAGGUCGGAUGAUGGUGAAAAGGUACGAUCUUUGAGAGCAAGGAAAGAUACAUCGAGCUCGGUCUGCCCCUCGUUUGGGCAUGAGAACAAGAUGAGUGGGGGGCUGAGCUCUGGUGGUAACAAGUGUUACACUGGCAAGAAAGUCAAUGCAGCGGUAAGAGAGGUUCGAAAAGGUUGGAAGUUGGAGGAUGAUGUUGAUUAUGAUUCAAGAGAAGAAUCAGAUUAUAGAGAUAGGAACUAUAAUGUGAGGCACUUAACAUCGGCAAGGGUCUCUGAUAGGAAGACUGAGGGUAGGGCGGCCAAAUCAAUUGCUUCAGCCUAUCAAGAAAAAGAAGAUCACCAUUUUAAAGUGGAAGACGAGGUCAAGAAGAGAGACUCAAGGGAAGGUUCCCGAAAGUUUGCAAAAAUUGUUAAGGUAGAUGACAAUGUGGAUGUGGCUUCCAGUUUUAUUAAUAUGGCUGAUCUAAGGAAGGUGGACAGAGACAAGCAAGUCGUUGAACAAGAUAAACAGGAAGUUGACAAAAGAAUGCAAAGAGGCGCUUCAUGCAGUUUUUUGGCUCAUGGAAGGAGGGAUGAAUAUUACCUUGGAAGGCAAAACAUUAUUGGGAGGGAGUCCAGGGAAGGAUCACAAAAGUCUGAAUCGAGAACUGAAGUCGGUGACGAAUAUGUUAAUAAUGAGAAUCAGGUUGCCGUGCAAAGGGAAGCGAUAGAAGGAUCUCAAAGAUUUAGGAGAAUACCUGAGGUGCAUGAGGACAAUGCAGGGAGGAUCGCCAGUGCUGAGAGCAUGCUUGACACGAGGAAGGUGGACAAGGAACAUUCUUCUACAUCAAUCAUGAAGAAGCAUACUGCAAUAGAUCAGCAAGCAGUUAGAAGCUAUGAAUCAAGAGAACAAUUACAAAAUUUUAGACAGAUAGAAGAGGUCCAUAAUAGCAACAUCCAGAACGUCUCAAAUAAUGAAAAGCAACACGAGGAAGUGCUGGUGAAGAACAGAGAUGAUAAAUCAAUUUCAGUUCACAUGGCUAGAGAUAACAGAGGCCACAUUGGCCAACAGAUUAUUGAUAAAAUGGAACUUGGUAAGCAGUAUGAAAAUCAAGUUGAUGUUUCUAGACCCCAUGUAAGGGGAACUGAGAGUGCCAGCAGCUCUCAGAGCCUUCUGCGAUCGAGAAUAAAUGAUCGAGUAGACUAUUCUACUUCAAUUAUGAAUCCAAUUCAUCAAGUGGAGAAGCACCAAACACAAUCAGAAAGUCAAUAUACUUAUCAAUAUAGUCCAAAAAGAGAAUCUGAAAAGGCCAUGUGUACUUCUGAGUUGCCAAGGAAAGAUAGUGGAAAGGUUUCCACUGCCCAAGUCAUGUACAAUGCAGACAUACAAAAUGAGCUCAACAAUUGUCAGUAUAGUUCGAGAAGAGAAUGUGAAACAGAUGCUAGAAUGUCUGAGAAUGCAGUGACUGACAUCCAAAGGAACUUUAAUUCGCAGAAUAUAUCUAAUAUGAGAAUCAGAAACAGUAAAGAGAGAUCUUCAUUGUUGAUGGUGCAGGAUGAUAAAAAGAAACUUGGCACUCUAACCGGAGAGAGUUCACAGCUGAUAAAUCAAGAAAUCACUUCUCUUGGGGCUUUUGAUGGUGAUUCCAGCUUUCUUGACACACAUAUGCAACAACCAGAUGAUCCAGCCUGCAGAGAUGAGAACUACGUAGUCAAAAGUGAUACACUGGAUUCUGCUAGUAGAUUAGAGAGCUCUUCUGCGAUGUAUGUUGGUGAGUUUGUGGACAAGCUAAGGCACGAGUCAUCAACUUUUAUAUCUUCUGGAACUCGGACAGAAAAAGCACAUGGUAAAGGCAUUCAAGCAACUACAUCCAUGCAGUCUGAUAGACUUGUUGCCACAAUAACAGAAAAGGAUGAAAAAUAUAUACAAGAAGGUUCAGGGAGAUCUUCUAGGUCUGGAAUUAGAGGGCCAUCAGAUGAGAUGUGGGAUGUUAGGAGCCUGAUUUCUCAAAAAGAUGGUAGGAAAGAAGAACAGGGGGAACAUGGUUUAUCUGCUGGAGUUAUAGAUUCUACAACCACUACCCCUACUGUCGAAAAUACCAUUGCUGGAAGAUCCCCCAAGUCAUUGUGGGCUCACAUAGCAGAUAUAAUGAGAAUGGGUUGGGUUCACCGUGCUGAAUCUCAUACUUCAAAUCGGAAAUCAGGCAAGAGAAGCUCCUCUGAAGGCAGUGAGGCUUGGUUUUCUGGUCAAGAUGCUAGUGAUGAUGAGAAUGAUCCUAAUGCAAGAAGCAGUGAAAUAAAGGAGUUAUUGCCAGUUGCAGCCCCUGUAGAUCGAGGCGAUGAGACACAUUCUAGUAUUACUCAAGGAUGUUUUCAGGCACCAGAUGUUGUUGUCAUGCAGUUGGGAGGUGGUGCAUCCACCUCGAUGGCAACUGCAAGAGGUUAUGCAUCAAAAGGUGCUUCUGCUAAUUCAAGGCCAGAACAGUCAACAUUGGUUGAGAAUGAAAAGGGAACCAAAAGUAUAAUUUCUCGUGCAAUAACAGUUGACAAACCAUCAUUGAUGACCGGUGAUGCAUCUUCAGUUGCCAUUGAUGAAGGAAUAACUUAUACAGGAAAUCUUACAGUACCUAUAUCUGGCUACAAACCAUCAUUGAUGAUUGGUGAUGCAUCUUCAGUUGCCAUUGAUGAAGGAAUAACUUAUACAGGAAAUCUUACAGUACCUGUAUCUGGCGACACGAAUUUUGAAGAAGAUCUAUUGAGAGAGGAACCACCUGAAGCUGACAAGACUGAAGGGAAGGAUGGGGAGUUAAAAAGGAGGAAACUUCAAAGGAACAAACAAGUACUAAAAGAAACAUUUGAGGAGUGGGAAGAAGCAUACAGGUUUGAAAGUGAACAGAGAAAAAUCGAUGAGUAUUUUAUGAGGGAAGCUCUAGUGGAAGCUCAGAAAGCUGCAGACAUCUGGGAGGUACCAGUUGGGGCUGUAUUAGUGCAGAACGGAAAGAUAAUUGCUCGGGGCUUCAAUCUAGUGGAAGAAAGGCGUGAUUCAACUGCACAUGCUGAAAUGAUUUGUAUUCGCGAAGCAUCUAAUCUUCUUCGGACCUGGCGCCUUGCAGAAACAACACUUUAUGUGACACUUGAGCCUUGCCCCAUGUGUGCUGGAGCAAUCCUCCAGGCUAGAGUUGAUACUGUGGUAUGGGGAGCUCCCAACAAACUACUAGGAGCUGAUGGCAGCUGGAUCAGGCUAUUUCCUGGUGAUAAUGGAGGAAGCAGUAGCUUAGAUCCAUCAAGCCAAAUGGCCGGUCCUGUUCAUCCCUUCCACCCGAACAUAAGAAUAAGGCGUGGGGUGCUUGCAACCGAGUGCUCCGAUGUACUGCAACAAUUCUUCCAACUCAGAAGGAAGAAGAAAACGAAGCCGGAGUCACCACCGCAAUCAUGUCUGCCAGUGCCAAACCACCCUAUAAAGUUAUUUACGAGGAUGCAUAACAUCUUCUCCGUAAUGUUUUGCUUGUAGCGUUUCCAACGGGCUGGCUUUCUUUUGUACGAUCGAUCGCCGGUGGUUAGGAGUUGCUUGUGUCGGUGCAAUAUACACAAU